AUGCACACCGCGUCUCCGCAGGACGCCGCCUCGAUAUCGGAUGCCAUGACCCAUGAGGAGUUACUGGCGCAUCAACUGAAUUUACACCACAAAAUUCAACAGCAGAUGCAACUCCAGAUGGAGAUGAGUAUGCAACUGGGUUCACGUCAAUCACUAACAUCGUCGCUUGCUAAAGUGGAACCGGACCUAGGCGAUAACGUUUUUGAUAUGUUAGAUGAUCUUAUCAUGAUUCCAUCGGGAGCAGUACCACCAGAACGUAGUUCGCUAUCAAAACACACGCGUGAAGAGACUGUGGACGAUGAUCCACCUGCUGUGGGCUCUGGAAGUGUUGGUGGCAGUCGUGAUAGCCUUGCAGAUAUUCUCGAGAGUCUAGAUAUGGAUUUAGAUGAUGAAAUGAAUGAUGAGAUAAUGUCUUCAGGAAGUGAACGUGCUCAUAGUACCAGCGACUCGUUGGAUGAAGGAGAUUUGGAUGAUUUAGACGAUCUCGAGAAUUAUGACCCAGAUGAUAUACAGGACCAACGUGAUGGACUGUAUAAAGCAGAACCGAAUGAAAUUGCACCAGCAGAUGAAGAAUUAGUGCAUAUGAGGCGUUCAUCAUUAGAUUUAUUGGCUUCAAUGCGUGAAAGUACGUCUGGUAUAGCUCAUCAUGGCACAGGAAAUAUGUGCACAUUAAUAUGGGAAGGUGGACUCCUUGGAUUACGACUUCGUCUCUCACAGUCCCGAUUAAUGCCAGCGGUGUCCAAAAUCACGGGAAAAAGCUCAAUAUUUGGUGUCCAUCUUGUCGAAGUGGGUGAUUUAUUGCUACGAAUUGGCGAUCGUGUAACCCGUGAGAUGGAAUUUCUGGACGCGAUUAAUUACUUGAAAGAGGUACCGAAGCCCUGUACGUUAGUAUUUCAGCGAUUAUUGGCCGAUCCAAUGGCAGUAAAACCGGUACAACCGAAGGUCAAAAGUGCUAUUGGAUUAAAGUUGGCUGCGAAAUUUGACGAACUUACAGCCGCGGAAAAUGAAAAAUUUCCACCUCAACCAGCAGUAAAAUUUGAUGCCAAGUACGAGAUCAAGUGGAUGGAUGGACCUUUGGGAAUUAGUUUGAUUGCAAGUAAAGAUGUCCCAUAUCCACUUGUGACGCGUAUUACUGGUAAAAACCGGUCACCACAGGUACAGGACGUCCAACCAGGUCAUUAUCUCGUUCAGAUUGGAACGUAUAAUACUGCUGAUGGCAAUUUCAAUACGGCCAUUAAAUUUUUACAAAAAGUACAAAAACCAGUGUCGCUUUUCUUUUGCCCAAGUAGUAAGAAAAUGUCUUUACGUCCCGACUUGGCAGAUGAUGAGUACGAUCAUAUUUGGGAAAAGAAACAACCUCUGUGUUUUACUGUACGACCGAGUGUUAUGGGUCAUAUAGUGGUGGCUGAUCUUGGCAGUGCUAAGUCAAUAAAAGUCAAGAUGAAGGGUGCACCGAAUAAUGUGGCAGCUUUUGUGAGCUCAGGAGAUCGGAUUAUGUGGAUCAAUGACGACAUUGUAAAAGAUUUGACAUUUCAUGAAUCGUUACUCAAGUUACGUACAGCAAAACGUCCGCUUGUUAUUCGAUUUAAAAAAGGUUCUCCUGAAGACGCAAUUGCAGCAUAUUCGUCGUCUGAUGUCCAUGUGGCAUCCAAAUUUACGAAUUCGACAGUAUCAUUAGGAUCGUCCUCAACGUCCGUUUCUUCGUCCACAUCGACAACUGUUAUGUCACCCUCACAUUCUAUCACGUCUUCAAAUGAAAAUGCACUACCAACUGUACCACAUCCAAAGACCGGACAGCCAUUGGCAGUUCCACUUCCUUCACCGCGAACUUUUAUAAAUCCGCUUAAAAAAAUGAGUAUAGCUCUUGGCAAUCAUGCUAAAGACAACGUCACUGGAAGUUCCAAUCCGAAAGCACAAGAGGAGUUGAGAAAACAUCAAGACAGACAGUAUAUAUCGCAGUCACAGCAGCACUCUCCACUUGAAGUUGUUCAGAAUAAAUACCGAAGCCAUGGCGAGCAAGAUACAAAGCGAGCAGGGCAUGAUAACACAAGACAAUUAAACGCAUCAUCAUCAAAUGUUUUACGACAUUCCCCUCAUGGCUCAAGAGGUAAACCUCACCAACUUGCAUUUACCACGUCUACUAAAGACCCAGCUCCUCGGACACUCAGCAGCCCGAAUCACAGCAGUGCACAUCAAAACGACUUAAAUCAUCGGAUUGCAGAUCCAGCGAAUAAAUUACGCAAUUUGGAGCAUGGACCGCAUAAGUCAAUACUAGCAAAGUCUCCAAUUGAUCCGAUUGACGAUACUCCGUUAAAGCCGCUAAGUGGUGGUCGUCAAGGAUCGACACCUCCAUCGUUGUCACACGAGCCAAGUCGGCAUAGAGAAAAGGAAAUGGACAAGGACGAUGAUGUGUACGAAGUCAUUUGGCCAGAAGGAACAGCACUUGGACUCACGUUGCGAGUACAUCCGACGACGAGAUUUCCUGUCGUGGCACGUGUGACGGGUACAAGUAAUCUUAAGAAUAUUGAGCACGUCUCACCAGGUGACAUUCUUUUUGCUGCGAACAACAUGAACAUUGUACCACAACCAAAGUUCAAACAGACACUUGAAAACCUAUCACGUCUCCCAAAGCCAGCAAUAUUGCGUUUCCGACGUGUGUCUGCUACUACUUCAGCUUCAUUGCGCUCAGAUGAGUCGGAUCAGAUGCUGCCUCGCGGUCCAGCGCUCAAGGACCGCGAGUACGAGCUCAUUUGGCGAGAAAGUGCCAAUCUUGGAUUGGUCUUCAGCUCAGAUAACGAUGUUCCAAAGGUUACAAAAGUUGAUAUGGAUUCCGGUGGUCCCAUGCUGCACAAGGUGUCAGUUGGAGAUGUUCUUACGUGGAUUGGUCCAAUGGAAAUCAGUGGCUCGACAUUUCAAUCGUCCAUGGCAAAACUGCGUGCUGUAAAGCGACCUAUUGUGCUACGUUUCUACAAACGUGGAACAUGA